CUUCGCCGUUUCUUCCGCACUCCGAAAGUGUGUCAGUGGGUUACAUCGACUCCAGCGCCGGGGCCGAGGGAGGAGCCCCUCAUCUGGGUCACAUGGUCGCCCGUGAACAUACUUCUCGGAACAGUCAGUGCUAGCAAGCUGAUGACAGAGAGGAGUUGCCACAACAAGGCUCGGUGAUCGUUGUUUUCGCAGCGGGAGGGGGGAAAGCCCAUUUAUAUAUAUUUUAAAUACAUGUAUUCAGGGCAGAAAUAAACAGCGAUCACUUCCGAGAAGCCUCUGCGGAAGGAAGGAAAGCGGAAUAGGCAAGUUAAAAGGGGAUCGACCCAUUCAUUAAGACGAGCUGGCUAUAAGCUAAACUGCACCCGACUACCACUGUCGGUUAUUUGUUUUUUUGCGGAUAACAGAAUCUGGACCGCAGUAAAUCAGACAUCGCCGGCGACGAGGCGAUUCAAACGGCGGUGCGCUAACAGGCGACGCUGGCUGGCUAGCAGGGUAGCCGGGCGGUAGUUGUCAGUCCGGCGCUUAUCCAGCCACUUUCCUGGCAUUUUAUCGCUUCCAGGGUUUCCGACCGUCGUCUUCCCCGAUUGCUCGUGAAGGCAAACAAGACUGCACCCAUUUUAAACGUGCAAAGUUUUAAAGGUGGACAUGGAAUCGACAAAAGCUGGAGGUGUGAUAGCGUACAUCAGCUCUGCGAGCUCCGCCUCCAGCCCCGAGUCGUGCCACAGCGACAGCUCCAACGGCAGCUACCAGUCCUCCUCCCCCCCCCACAACUCCUUCCCCAGCUGGAGGCAGGCCAGGCCUGCGGAUGCCCCCCUCUCCAGCCCUAGCCAAGCCCCCCAGCGGGUGCACAGCAGCCCCAAGGCGGGACGCUCUCCCUCCACCACUAAAUGCGGCAUCACGAAAAUCAACGGGCUGGUGCUGCUCUGUAAGGUGUGCGGAGAUGUGGCCUCAGGGUUUCACUAUGGUGUACACGCCUGCGAGGGCUGCAAGGGCUUCUUCCGAAGGAGCAUCCAGCAGAACAUCCAGUAUAAGAAGUGCCUCAAGAACGAAAGCUGCCCCAUCAUGCGGAUCAACCGGAACCGGUGUCAGCAGUGCCGCUUCAAGAAGUGUCUGCUGGUCGGCAUGUCCCGGGACGCUGUUCGUUUCGGCCGCAUCCCCAAGCGAGAGAAGCAGCGCAUGCUGCUGGAGAUGCAGAGUGCCAUGAACAGCAUGAUGAACAGCAACCCGAUGCACGGCCAGCUCCAUGGCAACCAGACCCCGCCCCUUGGGAGCCAGGCCCCGCCCUGUCCCGAAAUGACCCCAGAGGACCCCAGCCCCUCUCCUUCCUCCUGCUCGCCCGUUUCUUCACCGCGCUCUAGUCCCCAGGAGCCUGAGCCCCAAGUCGUCAUGGAUACCUCUCUCAGCUCCGCCUCGGACAGCGGCGAGGAGGAGGUCAUCGGCUCGGUGACGAGGGCGCAUCAGGAGACCUUCAUGUACAACCAGGAUCGCUCCAGCCCGCCUGCACAGUCCGCGCCCACCCUGGGUUUCACCAAGCCGGUAGUAUCGAUUGGCGAUGGUGGUGGUGCCGGGGGCAAGCCGGAAGCUCAGACCCUCCAUGCCAACCACACCAGCAUCUCUGGCAGCUACCUGCCUCAUGGCACCCAGAGGCCCAACGGGGGCUACGCCUUGCUCAACUACUGCCCAGUAGGGCAGCCCAGCAGCCCCCCCGUGGGUCACUGUCCAGUCUACGCCCACGGCUCAUCUAACAGAGCAGAAAAUGCCAAUGAGACCAUGUCUGACGGCUUCAGUGGGCCAGUAUGGAAUAGAGGAAACAGGAUGCACUUGGUAUGCCCCAUGAGCAUGUCGCCCUACGUUGACCCGAGGAAGUCUGGCCACAGCAUCUGGUUGGAGUUCUCCAUGAGCUUCACGCCAGCCGUGCGGGAGGUGGUGGAGUUUGCGAAGCGGAUUCCCGGUUUCCGCGACCUGUCCCAGCACGAUCAGGUCAGCCUGCUGAAGGCCGGCACGUUCGAGGUGUUAGUGGUGCGCUUCGCGUCGCUGUUCGACGCCAAAGAACGCACCGUGACGUUCUUGAGCGGCAAGAAGUACAGCGUGGAAGCACUGCGCACCAUGGGCGCCGGAGACCUGCUCAACUCCAUGUUUGACUUCAGCCAGAAGCUGAUGGCCUUGAACCUGACCGAGGAGGAGAUGAGCCUCUUCACUGCUGUUGUCCUGGUGUCUGCUGACCGCUCGGGCAUCGAGAACGUGAACUCGGUGGAGGCCUUGCAGGAGACCCUGAUUCGGGCUCUGAGGAGCCUGGUACUGAAGAACCACCCCAACGAGGCAGCGACCUUCACCAAGCUUCUGCUGAAGCUGCCUGACCUCCGCUCCCUCAACAACAUGCACUCCGAGCAACUCCUGGCCUUCAAGGUCCACCCCUGAGGUCACAGGCCACAUGGUCCCUGGCUCCCCCUCUCCCACUCCUGAAAACGUUCUUUUUAAUUGCACAGACUUUGUGCUCUUUCCUUUACAAGACAAGAUUGUGGGCAUAAAGGACCACGGGGGGGGGAACGUAAAUCAUUGUACUGUAAGGCUUACACGCCUGUGUUUGUAGAACAAGCACACACACGCACACACACAUUCACACGCGGUGUCUGUGUGUGCGUGGGUGCAGGCGUUUUGGAAGCACCUUUUAUAUCGUUGAGACAUAGUUUUAUUGCAUCGUUAGUGCAAUAUAUGACCCGUUCUUGUCUUUUGUCGUUACUGUUGUCAUUGGGUCUGUUUUGUUUUGUUUUUUUUUUUGAUAGGACUGUUAUUUCUGUUCGGCGAAUCGCAAAGGACCCGCGUUUGGCCGAAGGCAGUGGGUAUUUAGUGACGCGGCUGCUGCAUGAUAAGGAACCUCUGUCUGAUGCCGAGGUCUCAGUCCUCUCUGAGUCCGUGCUCAAAAAAAUAUAUAUAUGGGGUGAUUCCCGACCAUGUUUAGAAUGUGGAAUUGCUGCUAAUGCAUGGCUGUUUGUGAUUGGUCGGUGUCGGCGCCUCCUUGGUUGCUGGGGGAGGAGUCGGCCUUUUUUUGAUGUUUAAUCAGUUCCUUAAUUUUAAUUUUGAAUCCCCCUCCUUCUCCCUCAAACUUAUUUAAAGAAAAGGGCACUCUAUAUUUCAGUUGUAGCUAAUGGUGCAGUUGUGUGCGUAUGAUAACUCUAUAAUUGUAACGUGGGGUAUUUUGAAAGCAGUGAAAAAACGUUCGGAUUGUCAUUGUGCGACAUUGGUGAAUCGGCAUCCGCCCAGUCGGGGCUGAGAGCCGUCCCCUUGCCACAUUGACGCUGCCCACCACCAAAUAUGGUGACGAUUUCUGAAAUCGCUGUUUCCAAGUUUGACUGUAUAAAACAAUUCUACGCAAAGCCUAACUUAGCUUAAUUUCUCGCAUUCCCCCUUGAUUGGGGGCGCUAAAACGAUAUGGGAACAUGCCAGAGAGCAGAAUGUGAUGGAUACAUGUGACUGCCCCCUUGUGGUCAGCACAAGAAUGGCAGUAUCAUUUUCACUACAACGAAUGUAAAGAUAACGCUUUUACAAUCUGCCAAUCUGUGACCAACAGCACAGCAAACAGAGGAUAAAGGGACAGAUCAAAAGGUCAGGGGAGGAGGAUGAGGAGCAGGAGUGUAAAUGCUGCAUAGCAGCUUCAAAGACCAGCUCUGACACGGAGUUUGGACAGCCCCGCUUGCCAGUCACCCAGCUGAUAAGUCUAUCUUUGAACCUACUGUAACAGAAUCAUCGUCUGAAUCGUUCAGGCGAUACAAAGCAAGCGAUUGCAAGGAAGUGAACGAACGGAAGGAAGGAAGCGGUGGGUCGAUGGCGGGGAGUCGGGGCGUAGUUGACGGACCCGCAUGUGUCCUGUUCUUCUCACCUCUCCCCAGCAGAGGGAGCACUUCGCGCUGUGCCGUUAUUUUUCUGUUUAUGUAAUAUGUAAAUUGCUAAACUGUGGUCUUAGUUUUUUGUGAAAGCAUAUACUUAGAUUUAUAUAGAUAUAUAUAUAUAAAUAUAUAAAUAUAUGCAUAUUAAUAAACAUAUAUACUGAAUCAUA